AUGGGGCCCCCGGGCAAUAGGGGAUCAUGGGGCUCCUGUGUCCUUGCCCAAACUCAAAAAAACCUAUGAAAAAGAGAGCCUGACAGUGACCAUCACCCCCCCCCCCCCACACCCGAGAGAGCCUUUCACUAACACCCACCUGCCUGGCGACAGAGAGAAAGGCACUCACCCAGCGGUGGACUGACAACUCAUGGGGCCCCUGGGCAAUAGGGGAUCAUGGGGCCCCUGUGUGCAAGCCCACACUCAAAUCACACCCAAAAAAGCCUAUGAAAGGUACCAGGGGCAUCUCAUGGGGCCCCCUAGUGACCCUGAGCCCUCGGGCCGUGCCCGAGUUUCCAAAUGGUCAGUCCACCCCUGGCCUACACCUAUAGUAAGG